CCUCCCAAUGGCGGUUGGCGCACGCGUAGUGGCGAGAAGCGGCCCAGGCCAUGGCGGCCGUUUAAAGGUAACCGAUUGAGCAGGACGGGAGUGCCGCAUUUUUGCAUCGAAAUUGCGCCCCCCUCCCUCUCUCCCGCGCCUCGCCCUGUCAGAGUGUUACGAGGGUCAGGAUUAGGCUUUUGGGGGAGGAGAAGAGAAGGGCGAACCCAGCAUUCCCGAGCAGCCUCCCUUGUACACUUCAGGCCCCACCUCCCCCUCCCCUAAAACUUGGUCGGCGUGGAGGGGGGGAGAGGAAGACUCCCUAUUGGUCUACAAAGGAGGUCGUAUAUAAUUCUCCCACCCUCUACAAAAAUACAAAAGGGGAACCUCCUACCCCUGUUAUUCUAGCCCCCACUAAUCGGCAUUGGAGGGAGUUGCAUUUGAUCAGCGCUUCCCCCAGCCCCCCCCCCGCUGCCAUAAGUGCCCCCAUUUUACCCCACCCAGCUUCCUCUAGUGAGAAUCCCCCAAUCUUGUUGGAGGUGGUCCCUGAUCCUAAUACUAUCCCCAGCCCACCCAUCUUUAUUUCUGUGAGGCCCAUGCAGCAAGUGGGGGGAGAAGAAUCCACAUACAUCACUCUAGGGGUCCCCGGAAUAUAUGGGGGCACCCCAUCCCUACAAGGAGUUGAGGAAAACCCUGUAGGCCAGAUAUAUAUUUGGGAAAGCGGGAACCCAUUCCUCAUAUAGGAAAAGGCCCAGGAUGUAUUGAAUAGGAGGGAGCCAGUGACAACCCGCAGCGGAUUACUUAGUGGGUCCUUUUUAUCAGGGAGAACCUUGGGCUUAGGGGGAAAGGAUCACAGAAGCACCUCCAGCAAAGCAAAAAGUGAGGGGGGAGGCACACCCAAAAAAACCCAUUAGUGAAAGAGACAGCCCCGACCCUAUGCAGUAGUGAAGGAUAACCAAUGGUGCUCCUCCUCCCUUGGGGAAUGUCCCUUUGAGAGCUGGGUUGAUACAGCCAUUAACGCCCCCCCUCAUUUUUGUUGGGAGGGGGGUAACUCUUAGGCCUCCCCACCUGGAAUUGCCCCAGAUAUCUUCUUGUGGGGACCCCCAGAAACAUUUCCACUCCCAACAGCUGAGCACCACCGAACCCAUCAGAAAGGAAGCAGCCUGAACCGCCCCUUCCACAUUCCUGCUUCCGGGAGUCAUUGUGGGGAGGGUCAUUCCCAUGGUCUCAGUGGGGGGAGCCCAAAAGCACCGCUACCCCGAAGAAAUGCAUUUUAUGAAGGCCUAGGUAGAAGCCAGCUAUACCCCCACGUCCUUUGUUGUAGAGGUCGGGGGAAACACUGGACUUAACAAGUGAACCGUAAGAUUAAUAGUGGGGAUCUAAAAACUCGAGAGCGCCAAGAUUUUGUUUUUUAUUAGCAAGGUGUCUACCCACUCCUUGAGGAGGAGAGAGGGCCUCCAUUUUUUUCCUGCAGCAACGGGGGUGGCAUCCCAUUCCACCCCCGCCCCAAUCCCAGCCAAUAGUUUUGGGGUUGGGACAGGAAAGCAAUUGAGGAGAUGAUUCUAGCCGCAGCAGCUGCCGGGAGAGGGUCUUGUCGGUGAGUCGGUAAAACGGGCCCGGAGAGGGUAGUGUAGGGAGAAAAGGGGGCGAUGGGUCUUGGUGGGGCGGGAGACGACGACGACGGUGGCGCCCCUCGAGGGGUCCAGGUGGGGGAUCCGGACCGGGCAGGGAGGGGGAGAGGAGCAGGAGGAGGAGGCGCUGUCGCCACCGCUGCAGAACCCGGAGCCUGAAGUUGCCACAGCAUCGCUAUGAGAUCCACCGUGUACAAAGCAACCGCGGCGGCGACAACGACGGGGCCGGGCUUGUUGGAGCCUGGCCCGGAGGAAGAGGAGGAGCCGCCGCCGCAUCUCCGCCAGCCGCCGCCUCCCCCGCAGAACCAGAUUCCCGUGCCGGCCCCAGUGGCUGCCGCGGGCCCCAAGGGCCGGGCCAUCAUCCCGGCGGCUGCAGCAGCGGCCCCCGGACAACAGCAGCAAGAAGGAGGCGGCUGCUGCUGGGGCGGCCUGGUACCCUCGCCGUGCCCGGCGGGCAGCACUCGGCAGGCGGGCGUGGGCGAUGCCGCCGGCAGCUCCCGCCCCUCCAAGUACCAGGCGGUGCUGCCCGGACACACCGCUGCUGCUGCCGCCGCCACCGCCGCCAAGGACUGCAAGCGCGGCGGCCCCCACGCCGGGCCUGGAGGAGCUCCCGCGUCCCUUUCUCCACCUCCGCCGCUACCGUCGCCGGCUUCCGCCACGGCCGAGCCUGGGCAGCCUCCUCCACCCCCUGCAGCAGCGGCGGGGGGAUCUCCGGUUUCUUCGGAGUCUGGUGGCAAGUGGAAAAGCGGCAGCAGUAGCAGCAGCACCGGCGGUGGUGGAAGCAGCCUUCGGAAGAGCCCCAUGGGGGCCGGCGGGGGUGCCUCCAGCCAGGCGGCCUGCCUCAAGCAGAUCCUACUGCUCCAACUGGAUCUUAUCGAACAGCAGCAGCAACAGUUGCAGGCCAAGGAGAAGGAGAUCGAGGAACUCAAGGCCGAGAGGGACACACUCCUUGCUCGAAUUGAGCGUAUGGAAAGGAGGAUGCAGCUGGUGAAGAAGGACAACGAGCGGGAGAAACACAAGAUAUUUCAAGGAUAUGAAACCGAGGAGAAGGUGGAGCCUGAAGUACCAGAGAAGUUGCCUCUUGAGUGCCCCUCCCAAGAUCUCCUGGAGACAUCGCAGCCGCUGCCUUUGAAACACUUCCUAUAUGGAAGGAACGGGAAGGGUCAUAAACGGAAGUCUGCAUUUGGAAGUGCCGAGAGGAAAACACCAGUGAAGAAGCUGGUGGCCGAAUUCUCAAAAGUCAAGUGUAAAACACCAAAGGCUUCUCCAUUGAAAGAGGAACCCAGUAGUUCUUUAACUGAAUCAGUUAGCAGACGUGAACUGCGAAGUCAGGAGACUCCUGAGAAAAUCCGAUCAUUGGGGGAUACUCCAUUGAAAUCCUCAGCCCCUCUGAAAGGACCUGGGUGCCAUUCAAAGGACAAGGGCUCCUGCAGUGAAACAGAAGACUUGCCGUACCUUUCCACCACUGAAAUGUACUUGUGCCGGUGGCACCAGCCGCCUCCUUCACCGUUGCGAGAGCCUUCUCCCAAAAAGGAGGAGACUGUAGCAAUUCCUUCAUGGAGGGACCAUGCAGUAGAGCCCCUAAGAGACCUGAAUCCUUCAGACCUUUUGGAGAACUUAGAUGACAGUGUCUUCUCCAAACGGCAUGCAAAGUUGGAAUUGGAUGAGAAGAGGAGGAAAAGGUGGGAUAUUCAGCGGAUCCGGGAGCAAAGAAUUUUGCAGCGACUGCAGCUCAGAAUGUAUAAAAAGAAAGGAAUUCAGGAAUCUGAGCCUGAAGUUACCUCAUUUUUCCCAGAGUCGGAUGAUGUUGAAAGCUUGCUGAUCACCCCUCACUUGCCUGUUGUAGCAUUUGGCCGACCGUUACCAAAAUUAACCCCACAGAAUUUUGAGCUGCCAUGGCUAGAUGAGCGAAGCCGUUGCCGGUUGGAGAUGCAGAAGAAACAGACUCCUCACCGGACGUGCAGAAAAUAGAUGUGUCCAGUAAGGAAGUCUCUGCCUCAACAGUUGGCCUUUGCCAUUUGCAGCAAAUGGCAGAGAUCUGUUUCUCUUCUGUCAUGUCAGUCUUUCCCUCGUGAUGUAUAUUCUUGUUCACUAUAAAUAAUUUUUAUGCUACGUAUUGUUUUUUCUCUCUUCUUCCUGCCCCACUUCCCACCCAUCACCAGUUAAAAUUCUUCACCCAUUCUCCAUUUUUUCUUUUACUUGGUAGAAAGUACUGGAGGUUUGUGUUGGGGUAAUACGGUCAGCGGUGUGGGGUGUACUUUUUGGUUUAACUCUAUUGGAAGGCUGCACCCAUCUUAGUCCAUUUAGAGGCUGUGGAAGGUGGGCGGGCAUGACAAUACAAUGAAACUGUUCUCAUUUGUAAGUUUUCAAGCAUGUGGAACCCACCCUCCUUUAAAAAGAUUAGUGUGGUCCUUAAAGUAUUUAGUGUACAAGCUACCGGUUGUGAAAGUUGAGGGUGGGGAUCCAUCAGCGUACACUGGGUGAACACAGACAUUUCCACUUGUUCUGUUUCAUUCUGCCUCUAUUUGGCUCUUCGUGUGCUGCUGUGGUAAUGUGGCUUUUUAAUUUUUUUAUUUUUUUUUGGUAUGAGUAUGUCUAACCUUGUUUAAUGUUUUCUACUUUUGGUCGAAGGACAAAGUCAUUUAAAACUUGACAUCUUAGUACCAGUAAUGAAAUGCCUUGACAACCAUGUCACACUGUUAGUUUUGUUAGCAUAAUCUCGGGUUAACAAUGCAAUGCCAGUUUUUCUCUGGAGUUUUGUUGUGUUUUCCCAGCAAACUGUUCCUGUUUUCCCCUGUCAAAUGGGGUAGGGCCUUCAAAAAUAAAACAAACUUCUGUUUUUCUGGUAUCUUAAUGGAAAUGUUGAGUGAAAGCAUUGCCAGAAUUAUUGGCAUUUGGGACCUGGACAACUUGGGUAGAUACACCUGUAUCCUGGAUUACCAAGGGGGCAUAAAAUGACAUCUUGGAGAGAGGCUCUUCUUGCUGCAUCAAAGGCCCUGAACUCUGCAUCUUCCCUGAAUAUAGGCUGGAACUACUUAGUUGCUUAUCAAUCACCAUGUGGUUCUUUCCUCUUACCAGGCAAAAAACAGAGUCUGUUGCUGGAGGGAGGGGCAGCCAUGGGAGAGGAAGUGUGAAAAGACACCCACCCCCAAACAAAGUAGUGGUUUGUCUCAGGAUGCCUCCAAUGAAGAACUGUUUCCUUCCCCCUACCUGAAGUCAGCUGUAGCCUAACUGUUGGCAAUCUCUGAAUGAUUUUAGGAAGGUUAGGUGAGAAAUUAUAUCUACGCACUUCACUAUGGCAGGUCACCCUCACCGGUACAAAAAAAUUCCCUGACCUUUUUCUUUGUAUACACUGAGUUAAGUCAGAGUAUAACAUCUGAAAUGUUGAUUUGUGUCAUUUUGAAGUUUGGCUGGCUUUUUUUUUUUUUAAGUAGAUUUCAGCCCUGUACAUUUUUUACAGUAUGUAGAGAUAAAACCUUUAGCCUCUUCUGAGAGCAGGAAAUUCCUUGGUAACUGUAGGUGCUCAACGGUCUGAUCCAUUCAGUUGCAGAAAGCCGCCAUUGUGUACAUAGGAGAGCAGUGAAGCUUACUUCUUCAUGAAACUUCUAUAUAAAUAGAAAAAGGCUCCAGGUCUUGCUUUUUUGAAUUGUUAAGAGAUCCAAUGCAGGAUGAUGUCCACUGUCUAAAUGCUAAGAACUCGGAGCAUGGGACAGUUACCCAACAAGUUCUGUUUUUCUUUUUCAACCUCCAGAUAUAUCUUGCUGUUGCUCCAGUCCUGGGUUAUGGUAUCUGGAAAUGCAAAAGGAUACAUAAGAUACUCCUAUAUUCAAUGAGAACAUAGUGACAAAGUUGUGUGUGACUUGGACUUUGAAAGAAGAAAAACAGAACCUCUUUUUGUCAAGUAGCCUUUGUUGUUGAGGUUGUGCACAAUGCUUGCCUAAUUUUAUUUUAAUAAGGUUGUUUUGUUCUCUUGCUUUUUAGCAUGCCAGCAUGCAUCUUUGAAGGGUCCCUUUCCCAGCCCUGCAGUUACAAUCCAAGAUGUAUAAAACAAGCAAGCCUUUAGAAGCUUCUUGAAUGCAAUGUUGAUUUGAGAGCUUGAGCUUGCCAAUACUUAGGCCUACUUCCUCCUCUACAGUAAGCUCAGAGAGUAAUUCUUGACUCUGGAUCCCAUUUUAGGGGGAGAAGUAGUUUCCCCUGAGCUCAAAACAUGGCUAUAUUGGCAAUGCUACAGUGUAUGUUCCUGAAAUACAAUAGCAAACGCCCCCCCAUCAGAAACUGUUUUCAUGAAGAAUCCCAUUUAAUACUAACACAUGCAGGUUAUAUCCAAGAGGAGGGUGGAUAGCAUGUGAAAAUAGGUAGGGAAUUUGUACAAAGAACUUGCAGUGGAUGUUAGCCAGGGUGGGGGAAAUAGUAUUUUCUCCCUAUAGGGGAUACAUCACUGUUGAAUUCCAUAUUGAUGAAAAGCCCAUGCAAACUUAGAUCUGAUACUUUGGUUUUAAAACAAAUGUUACUUUCUUUAACCAAGUUUAUCGUAGUUCUUUAAAAGAAGAAAAAAGUGUAUCUGUAAUAUCCUCCCCUAUUUUGUUUUUCUGCCCUUUGCAUCCUUUUUGAUACAUUUUAAAUAUGUAAAAUCAGUUGUCUUGUAAAUAUCUUAUAAAGAAAAUAGUUUGUAAAUACCAAAUUUGUGGCUGUUAAUGGUUUUUUGUUUUGUUUUUUGCUUCAGUUCAUUUAGAUUUAACAGUGUUAACAGGGAGUAUUAAAGAUUCUGCUUGUAUGUUUAAAUUGAAAUAAAUCAUUUUUUUACAAUAAAAUGAAAAAGAAUAUUAA